GAUUGAUACUGCAAGAUAUUUAAGUAAAAAAGAAUAAAAUAAAUAGAAAAUAAAAUGGAUCCUCGUUCAAGUACCGUACUGACUAUUAUUCAAGAAAUGCCUCAAUUAACAUUUGGAUGGACCGAUUAUACUUUGUUCGCCGGAUUGCUUGGCAUGAGUCUAAUAAUAGGAUUUUAUUUUGGAUUUUUUAGUAAACAAGAUAGUGCCUCUGAGUAUUUAUUCGGUGGAAAAAGUAUGGCAUAUCUUCCAGUUGCAGUAAGCAUUAUUGCAAGCUAUUUAUCAGGGAUAACUUUUAUAGGUUAUCCUACAGAGGUUUAUUAUCAUGGAGCAAUGAUGAUUAUAUCCAUGGGUACAGCGGUGAUCACUAUGCUUACGACAGUUCAUAUUUUUUUGCCUGUAUUCUACAAUCUUCAAAUUGUCAGCAGUUACGAAUACCUUGAAAUGCGGUUUUCAAGGAAACAUAGACAAUUGGCAUCUUUAUUAUAUACCAUUUCUUUGUUACUGUACAUACCGAUCGUGGUUUAUGUGCCUUCACUUGUAUUUGCUCAAGUCACCGGUUACGGUGUCCAUUUAAUAGCUCCAAUUUUUAGCUUUGUUUGUAUAACGUACACAUCUAUGGGUGGAGUAAAAGCGGUAGUAUGGACAGAUACUAUUCAAUUCAUUUUCACUCUCGGAGGUUUUUUUACGAUAUUAAUUAUUGGAAUCAAUUAUGUUGGUGGUGUAUCAAGAGCAUUUGAAAUAGCAUCGGAAGGAAGAAGAUUAGAAAUUAUAGACUUUGACCCAAGUCCACUUAAAAGAUAUUCAUUUUGGGGGAUGACCCUUGGAAUGUAUUUCUCGAGUCUUAGUCGCUAUACAAUAGCUCAAAAAUUUGUUCAGAGAUUCUUAACUAUCAAACAGGAACAAGAUGUUAAAAAAGCAGCAUAUUUAACCGGUGCUGGUGUUAUAUUUCUACAAUCGUGCUGUAUUUUGUAUGGAUUGCUUGUAUAUGCAACGUAUCAUAAUUGCGACCCUCUCACAACUCAUCUAAUUAAGCAAGCUGACCAAAUAGUACCAUAUUAUGUCAUGGAUAUUGUCGGGCACAUACCCGGUCUACCUGGAAUUUUUCUAGCAGGCCUCGUUAGUUCUGCACUGUCAACUAUGAGUGCAAGCUUAAAUUGUCUUUCAGGAAUGAUUUAUGAAGAUUUUCUAGACGGUUGGAUUGCUGAUAGUCCCAAAAAAGAUGCAAAAUCAGCCAACAUUAUGAAAUUUCUUUCAGUGAUGAUUGGUUUAAUAACAGUAGCACUAAUUUUUUUAAUUGAACGGCUUGGCACGAUCUUUGAAAUGUCUCAGACUUUGAGUACUGCAGUCGAUGGACCACUUCUUUCAUUCUUCAUUCUUGGCAUUUUAGUGCCAUGGGUUGGCAAAAAAGGUGCAAUCACAGGCGGAUGUGCUUCCAUAGUCUUUAUGACUUGGCUUCUUGGUGGCAUGCAGUGGCAUAUUUUUCAUAAACGCAUCGUCACGUCGAAUUUACCUUUAUCAACACAAAAUUGUUCGUUUCCCUUCAAUGAAUCUGUGAAUGCAGAUGUGUAUCAAACUACUCCAAUUUCAACUAUCACUUCUGAAGAUGAGCCAUGGAUCAUUUUUAGAAUAUCUAUGCUUUUUCUUCACCUUAUAGGGACCACUGUUGCCAUAAUAGUUGCAGUUUUAACGAGUAUAAUUACAAAAGAAACUAACAUGACAGAUGUUGAUCCAAGACACGUUUCACCACUUGUUAGAAGAUUUUUACCAGACAAAAAAUAUACAGAAGUUCCUUUGAAAGAAAUCAAAAAAGAGAAAGAUUAAAUAUCAUAGGACGUAUUCUUGUCAAACGAACUUGUCGUUAUAACACAUGUCAUGAGAAAUUAUUUGUAAGAAAAAUGAGCCAUGAAAACAAA